UUGUUCACGUUAGAAAUCGAGUUGCGUCUUGGCGUCUUCUCCACGGACCUGCAGGGUGUAUUAUCUUGAAGUGGAGAACAUUAAAGAUUUCUUCAUCGGACUCCUCGGUGACUUCAUCCGCUUCAUCACACUUUCAAAGACAAUGGCUGGAAACACCUUUGAUUGCGAAGUUUGCAGUAAAGUCUUUCAACACCAAAGCAGUCUCACAAGGCACAUUCUAACCCAUCGGGGAGUGAAGCUUUUCCAUUGCUCAUCCUGCACAAAGAAGUUCAGCGACAGUCAGAGUUUGGCCGCCCACCAUCGAACGCACACUGGUGAAGAACCAUUCAAGUGUGACAGUUGCAAGAAAACGUUCAGUGACUCCAGCAAUCUUAGAAAGCAUGUGAGGAUUCAUACGAAGGAAAAACCCUUUUCUUGCCAAACUUGCAAACGUAAGUUCAGCCAAGGAAGCAACCUGAAAAAACACGAGCGCACGCACACUGGGGAGAAGCCUUUUCAAUGUUCAAUUUGCAAGAUGAAAUUCAGCCAAAAAGGCAACAUAAAGAAGCACCUUCGUACUCAUUCACAGGAAGAGGUAGAUAGUGAGGGUUAUGAUGACUAAGCUUCUUUACAAUUAAUUGUAAAAUUAAUGUAAUUCAUAUUGUAAAGUUGUAAAUUAAAUAAGCUGAAUAGUGUUCAUACCCCCGUACCAGGGGUGGAAGUUGCUGUACAUGUCUUACUUCUGUGUAAGAUCGUGAAAAUCGUAAUUAUUUUGUUAGAGAUUUCUAGUUAUGUGAAUCCGCUCCUGUGUUUUAAGUGCGCUCAGGAAAUUACCGCGGUGUUGAAUAAGGUAGUCUUAAAAACCUGUAAGGUUAACACAAAACCUUUUCUGUUAUUGUCUAGUGUAAAUUGUUUUCAUUUUGCAGUUUUUGUUCUUUUUGGCCGUACCUGUGUGAGCCCAUUUGUGCGUCGUACCAAGUUUUAUCUUAGUUCUUAAGUAUUUAUGUAAUGUGAAUUAUAUUGGUGAGAAUUAUCCCUGUAACGUGAGAGUUUCUUUCUUACCCUUUCGAUGCCCGUUUACAUUAAAUUGGAUCAAAUAAGAAAUGGGGAAACCAUUCACAUCAAAGGACUCGUCUCGACGAGACGAGCAAAAUAUUUCAAUAUACAUGCAUAUGCUGACAUGUGAGGGGUUAGGGAGCGCAAUGAAGAAGAAACUGGCUGCCGAAAAAUUCGAAAACAUCAAAAGAAACGUGCCGUUUAGACACUUCUUGCUCCCGCCUCAUACCGUCGGUGAAGCAUUGUAAUCGGGCUUCGAUGUUUAUGACAGGGUUGCCAAAAGUGUGGAACACACUUAGAAUCCUUCAAAGAACUGCUUGUUGUAAUACAAAGAUUUUGUUUGCAAUUUAACGGAAAAAUCCUUUGUAGCCUACGAAGAACUUCUUCGCAGCAUUACAAACAAAACUGUUCGUAUUUCAAACGAUUUCCUUCGUAGGCUGCGAAGCCUUCGUUUUCUUUGUAUCACAACGAGCAGUUCUUUGUAGGAAUUUAUCUGUGAAAACCUUGAAACCCUAGAAAAGUCAGUUUU